AUGGCUACCACAAAACGUAUUGCCUCCAUCCUCAACAUCCCCGUUAUAGCGACGACGCAGAACGCCGCACGACUCGGCGACACGGUCUCGGAAGUGUCCAACCUGUUCAGCGAGCAAAAGACGCCCGUCAGCGUCAUCGACAAAACCGCAUUCUCCAUGCUCGUCCCAGAAGUGACUCCACUCCUGUCCAAGGGCGUAGAGUCGAGCGCAAAACACUCGGUCAUCAUCACGGGCAUCGAAACACACAUCUGCGUCACGCAGACGACCAUCGACCUUCUGCGCCAGGGCCACAAAGUCUAUCUCCUCGCGGACGGCGUGUCGAGCUGCAACGAGCUCGAGCGGCCCAUCGCACUCGCCCGGCUGGCCAGGGAAGGUGCCGUCGUCACCACGAGUGAGAGCAUCCUGUUCGAGCUGCUCGGCGAUGCGAAGCACCCGGAUUUCCGCGCCAUCAGCGGCCUGGUCAAGGACACCAAAGAGAAAACAAAAGGUGCUGUCGCCUCGCUGGGAAAACUGUAA